AUGUUGAGAUUUGUCCUGAUAUUUCUGUCCGUCAACUAUCUUCCAUCAAUUCUUGGAUCACCUGAAUCUGAUGCCAAAGAUCUGAAUGAAGCACUAAAUGGAAUACCGAAUGGUUACAAUGAAUCAGUUCUGAUUACAGUUCUUUAUGAAAAAACAUACGAGCAAAGAUACAAGAUGAUUGAAGUUUUUCGAAAAACUUAUGGGGAAGAAGCUUAUAAUCAAUUAUGGAAUAAAAUCUCAUAUCCUCCAACGGAACUUAGAAGAGGAAUAAUGGAUAAUAGCUCAGCGUAUUAUGAUGCGAAAAUGUUAUUUUUAGCGAUGGGUUUUUUAUACUAUGACGAACAUGUUUUGUUCGAAAUAAUGGUAACAAGAACAUCUCAAGAAAUGAGAGAAAUCAAAAAAGCAUACGAUAUAAUAAACAAAGAUGGUAUGGAUUUAUGUGGUGAUAUCGAAACAGUUACAUCUGGAGAUUUAGAAGAUAUUCUUUUAGCUCUUUGUGAAGCUGACCGAGAUGAAAGUGAUCGGGUUGAUGAAAAAUUGGCAUUGCGGGAUUGUUGCCUAAUUUAUGAAUAUGGUCCAACCUAUAUUUUUGGAACUGAUGAGGAGGGCAUUAAUUCGAUUUUGUUUAAAAGAAACUACAAACAACUUCAACUAAUGUUUGAGAUCUUUUCCGAAUAUCGAAUGCACGCUAGAUUAGCGACGUUGGAAACACGAACGAUUGAAACUGUGAUUAGCAGUGAAUAUUCAUAUGAAGAAGAAGAUAUACUUCAAAUGUAUAUCAAAGCUGUCAAAAAUCGAGCGGGUUAUUUUGCGGAUUUGAUUAGAGAGGGGCUGACAGGUACAUAGAUUAGUUAAUUCCGGAUAAAUGUUCUACUUGACAUCAUUUCAGAUGGAGCCAAGGGUGAACGUCGUGUAAUUCGAACGAUUUUUAGUCGCGCUGGUAACGAUUUACCCGAAAUUGUCAAGGAGUUUGGUGGAAAGGAUAAACUUGUGGAGAGCAUCACAAAUUCUACGGAUUUAUUAGGGUUCACUAAACAAGCUUUGAUCGCUAUUUUGAAUGCGAAUUGCGAAAAAUGUUAA